AUGUUGUCAGAGAAGCUGAAUGAAGCCAUCACAGUGCUCAACAAGGGGCUCCAGGAAGUCAAUGUGCAGAAUAUGAAUGUCGAACUGGUCGUGCAGAUGUUCAAGAACUACCAGUCAAACGUUCUCUUCCAUCUUGAAGGUCUGUCUCUGUUUUCCUUCCGUCUGAUAUUUCCUGCCAACCAACUGACGCUGGGCGCAGCAACGGAGAACUUGAAGGAACCCUCAUAA